CGGCAGAGCAGCCGAGAGGAGGCGGUGCUGCUCUCUCCUCCCAGAGCGGCUCCGCUUCCGCCUCCGGUGCCGCCAUUUCGCCGUGAGACAGCAGCGAUCGGGCGGCCGCGAUGCUGUCCACCGCGGGAUGCGGGCUCUCCCGCCCUGAGACGGGACUGGAGGCGCCCGUGCAGCACUACCGCUUCUCGCCGUACACCUUCAACGGAGGGACUGUGCUGGCGAUUGCUGGAGAAGACUUUUGUAUCGUUGCCUCUGACACGCGUCUGAGUGAAGGCUAUUCAAUUCACUCCCGAGACAGUCCAAAAUGCUACAAGCUAACAGAACAAACUGUCAUUGGAUGCACUGGUUUCCAUGGAGACUGCCUUACCCUUACUAAAAUUAUUGAAGCCAGAUUAAAGAUGUACAAGCAUUCCAACAACAAGGCCAUGACUACAGGGGCUAUUGCAGCAAUGCUGUCUACAAUCCUCUACUCUCGACGUUUCUUUCCCUACUACGUUUACAAUAUAAUCGGUGGACUUGAUGAAGAAGGGAAGGGAGCAGUUUAUAGCUUUGAUCCAGUGGGCUCUUACGAGAGAGAUACUUUCAAAGCAGGUGGAUCAGCAAGUGCAAUGUUGCAGCCUUUGCUGGAUAACCAGAUUGGCUUCAAGAACAUGCAAAAUGUGGAGCAUGUACCUCUAACCCUGGAAAAGGCUUUGCAGCUGGUUAAGGAUGUCUUCAUUUCUGCUGCUGAGAGAGAUGUGUACACUGGGGAUGCACUAAAGAUUUGCAUUGUCACAAAAGAUGGAAUUAAAGAGCAAACUGUCCAGUUACGAAAAGACUAAUUCAAUUCAUGUGUAAGCAACUUAUCUGUGAUGUACAAUUUACCUGUGUAAUGAAGACAUUUGUCCAAUUAAAUUUUUUUCAAGAAGUUCAA